GUUUUUUUCAACUAAAACGAACAACGUGGUUAAUUUGAACACGUCGGUCUAUUACCCCUACUCGCCUACCCUCUCCCAACCUCUACUUUUUUCUAUAAUCCUUUUACCAAAAAAGAAAAUAUCAAAGCUUUUCCCGUUGACCCCUCAAAUUAACACUUAAAUUCACACUAUGCGGUAUUUUCUGGAAUUAAUUGAUCAUCUAUAGUUUCAAUCAAGUAUUAUCUGCCUGAUUUUUCUCAUUUUCUAGCAAUUUGAUCCCCUUUGUUCUAGCUAUUACUCUUCAUGUCCCGAGUGCUUAUCAUCUGAGCAACCCUCUCUCGUCGAACAAUUUUAAAUUGCUCGACGCAAAAAAGAAGAAGAAAGUAAUGCCAGAGAUCUUACCUGAGGAAAGCAGUUCAUCCUCAUCAACCACUGCCAUCGCCACCGCCGCUACCGGAGAUUUGAAGCUUAACCUAUUCGGAAAAUACGAUGUCGGAAAACUCUUAGGUUGUGGUGCUUUUGCAAAGGUAUAUCAUGCAAGAGACAUUAGAACAAGACAAAGCGUUGCAAUUAAAACCGUAAACAAGGCUAAGAUAUUAAAAGGCGGUUUCACGGAGCACGUUAAGCGUGAGAUUGCUAUCAUGCGCCGGUUGCGUCAUCCUCAUAUCGUGCGCCUACACGAAGUUUUAGCGACGAAAACAAAGAUCUAUUACGUAAUGGAAUUCGCUAAAGGUGGAGAGCUUUUUACAAAGGUAACCAAAGGUCGAUUCAGCGAAGAUCUCAGCCGUAGAUAUUUUCAACAAUUAAUCUCAGCCGUUGAUUAUUGUCACUCUCGUGGCGUGUAUCAUCGAGAUCUAAAGCUUGAAAACCUAUUGCUAGACGAAAAUUGGGAUCUUAAAGUAACGGAUUUCGGGUUAAGUGCGGUUUCGGAUCAGAUCCGACCCGAUGGAUUGCUCCAUACGCUUUGUGGUACUCCUGCUUACGUGGCACCUGAAAUACUUGAGAAAAAAGGAUAUAAUGGAGCUAAGAUUGAUAUUUGGUCGUGUGGAAUAAUCCUUUUUGUGCUUAAUGCUGGUUAUUUGCCAUUUACUGAUUCAAAUUUAAUGGCUAUGUAUCGAAAAAUCUAUAAAGGCGAGUUUCGUUGCCCUAAAUGGACUUCGCACGGGUUAAAAAUGUUGCUUACACGGCUCCUGGACACGAAUCCUGAGACGAGGAUAUCGAUUGAGCAGAUCAGGAACGAUCCGUGGUUUAAAAAAGGUUAUAAAGAGGUGAAAUUGUGUAUCGAUGAGGAAUUCGAGUUGAAAAAUAGUGGAUCCGAGUUGCUGAAUGCGUUUCAUAUAAUCUCGUUAUCAUCAGGUGUUAAUCUGUCUGGAUUGUUGAAGAGUUUAGGAGGCAAAGAUACGGUGGAUGUUGAACGGUUUGUUUCAGCAGAGUCAGCAGAGAGCAUAAAGCAGAGGAUUGAAGAGGUUGCGAAAGCGGAAGGAAUGAGAGUUACUGGAAAAAAUGGCGCUGCCGUGAGGGUUGAAGGGAAAAAUGGGAAAUUUGUGUUGGUAAUGCAGAUUAACCGGUUAACGGAGCAAGUGGUAAUUGUAGAAGUUAAAAGAAAGGAGAUUGGGGCUGGACCUGAUCGAGAUAUAUGGAAACAGAAAUUUAAGCCGCAGUUGAGUGAAUUUUUUUUAUGAACCGGACGGAUAGGUUUCCACCUAAGUUGCGGGGACUUUUCACUUUUGAUGUCGUACCCUUAUCGGAUUCUCCAAAAAUACGCUAAUUUUGGAGAAUCCAUUUUCCUAAUGACAU